GUAUGGAAUGUGUGUGGUAUGGGGUGAGCCGCUCUCACAAACUGCCCAAUCGUUCAUGCCUGAGUUGUUGUAUGGAGCUGACCAAAGUAUAAAGAAGGCUCAAACACUGCUAAAGUCACUCGCGAUUAUCGGAGCUAUACUUGGAGUGAUAAUAGGGACUGUGGGAAUCUUAGUUCCCUGGCUUUUACCAAAUAUAUUUACAUCAGAUCUUAAUGUCAUACAAGAGAUGCACAGAGUUUUAGUUCUAUUCUUUUUUGCUUUAGCCAUUACACCCUGCACUCAUAGCCUUGAAGGAACACUGCUGUUUCUUAGCAUCAGAGAGCUAUUUCUUUCUUGUGUUCAGGCUGGUCGGGAUCUUAAGUUCAUUAGCUUAUCAAUGAGUGGAUGCUUUUCACUGGGUGCUCUCCUCUUGUUGCUAGUGAGCACAAGAGGAUAUGGUUUGCCAGGCUGCUGGAGUGCUCUUGUAGGAUUUCAAUGGGCUCGAUUUUUCCUUGCUCUUCGCCGCCUUUUGUCUCCCGAAGGUUUAUUACAUUCAACAGAUGGGAAUGAAUACAAGCUGGAAAAGCUAAAAGCUGCUUAGUUAAAUAUGGCUGUUCCUGGUACAUGAGAAGAGACAGCAUUAGAAUAAUAUCCCUGGCAUCAAAUUGAAUCCCUCCUGGCAAGAAGCCGUGGUGCUCAAUUAUUGAAAAGUGGCGUACCAUAUCUGCCAAUGAAAUUUAAGAAUUGUUGCUAUUCUUUUGUGUCUCAAUGAGGCUACUAGGAGCAAAAAUAAGCAAGGCACAGCAAACACUACCUGCUAGAUUAGUCAUUUUCAUUUUUUUUUCCACAUUCUGAACCAGCUUCGAAAUCUUCCCAUUUAAGUGAUUUUGAAGAUUUUUUUCCUCUUUCAUGCUUAUCAACGCAUUAGAGUACCUUUAAUUUUGCUGUACUAUUGAUUUGAAACCAUGCAAUAAGAAUUGCUCUAUUUUAGCUUUAAGUUAUUGAAUAAGAAUUCAAUUCUAAU